UAAUGCACUCGGCACGACUCGUUUCCGGUCCUGCGCCGUUUCUGGAGCGGAUUGGAACCCGGAGUCAGGAUUCAAUAAAUGAAGGGUCUUUUGCAGAAAAGGUUAGAAUAAUGGCUGAGCAAACGCCAGAUGAGUUCAUCUGGUGUGAGGACUGUGACCAGUACCAUGAUUCUGAGUGUCCAGAACUGGGACCGCUGGUGACCGUCCAGGACUCCUUUGUCCUCAGCCGAGCUCGGUCAUCCCUACCUAAUAGUCUGGAGAUCAGACAGGUGGCUGAUGGGGGGGAAGGUGUGUUUGUCCUGCGGCGGCUGGUCAAGAGGACUCGGUUUGGGCCCUUUGAAGCUAAGAGGGUCCCCCACCUAGAGAAGGAAGGCGUGUUUCCACUGAAGAUCUUCCAGAAGAAUGGCAUGGUGGUGUGUUUUGACUCCAGCAGUGAAGAAGACUGCAACUGGAUGAUGCUGGUACGACCUGCAACUGACCAUAAACACCAGAAUCUGACAGCGUAUCAGCAGGAUGAUGAGGUUUACUUCAACACCUCCCAGGAUGUGCUUCCGGGAACAGAGCUGAGGGUCUGGUACGGAGCUUUCUAUGCCAAGAAGAUGGAAAAGCCCAUGCUGAAGCCUCCACUUCAACCACUACCACCUCUACCAGAUGUGGAGUCUUCAUGUGAUAAAAUGGAAACCUCAAAGAAAUCUGGAGCGAACAAACCCUCAGUGGCUGAAGAGAACAGUCCAGGGAACAUGCUGAGUGAUCUUGAUGAGGUGAAGAUUGUAACAGUGCUUCCAGUCAACCUUGUGCCCCAAGAGGAAGAGGAGCGUGGCCCUCCUGCAGCUCAGCCAGGCACCAAGACAGGGCAGAGCCGGGGGAGGAGAGCUAAGGGACGCGGGCCUGGAGCCACAGCUACCACAAGCAAGAAUAAAGAUGUCAAGCCCCCGGCGGAGGCCCCAGGACCAGUGGUCUUAGAGACAGCAGCAACAGAGAACGCUCCAGACAGUGGGGCUAUCGUGAAGAGGCACAAAGCCCGAGAGCACAAGAGGGUUUACCGCUGCUCCCUCUGCAACAAGGUCUUCCAGAACAGCAGCAACCUCAACAGACACAUCCGAUCUCAUGGUGAUAAACUGUUCAAGUGCGAUGAAUGUGACAAGUUGUUCAGCCGUAAGGAGAGUCUGAAGCAGCACAUCUCUUACAAGCACAGCAAGAACAUGCCUGACCAAGAAUACAAAUAUAAAUGCAACACAUGUGAGAAAUCCUUUCGCCUGGAAAAUGCCUUAAAGUUCCACAACUGCCGGACAGAUGACAAGACAUUCCAGUGCGACAUCUGUUCGCGGUUCUUCUCCACCAACAGCAACCUGUCCAAGCACAAGAAGAAGCAUGGAGAGAAGCUCUAUUCCUGUGAGAUCUGCAAGAAGAUGUUCUAUCGCAAAGAUGUGAUGCAGGAGCACCACAGGAGACACGGGGAGGGACCAAAGCACAUGAAGAGAGAGGAGCUGGAGACAAACGGAGAAGAAGGGACCAAGUACAGGAAGGAGCCGUCACCCUGUCCCAUCUGUGGCAAGGUGUUCUCCUGCAGGAGUAACAUGAACAAGCAUCUGUUGACCCAUGGUGAUAAAAAGUACACCUGUGAAAUAUGCGGUCGCAAGUUCUUCCGUGUGGACGUCCUUCGAGAUCACAUACAUGUUCACUUCAAGGACAUAGCCUUAAUGGAUGAGCAGGAGAGAGAAGGCUUCAUCAAAAAGAUUGGCAUCUCAUCAAGCAACAGUGACGAAACGGACGAUGACGAAGAGGAAGACGAUCCUGAGCACCACAAGUAUAACUGCAAGAAAUGUCAACUGUCUUUUGCAAAGGGGAAACAGUACCUGAAACACAUCAUGGAGCAGCACAAGGAGCGAGGCUAUGGCUGUGGGAUCUGCAACCGACGCUUUGCACUGAAAGCCACGUACAAUGCUCACCUUGUCAUUCACAGAGAGCAGCUGCCCGACCCUGCAGUGCAGAAGUACAUCCAUCCAUGUGAGAUUUGUGGCCGAAUCUUCAAUAGUAUUGGUAAUCUGGAAAGGCACAAGAUCAUCCACACUGGUGUGAAGAGCCACAGCUGUGAUAAGUGUGGCAAAUCAUUCGCAAGGAAAGACAUGCUGAAAGAGCACCUCAGGGUCCAUGACGACAUCCGAGAUUUCCUGUGUGCAGAAUGUGGGAAAGGCAUGAAGACCAAACAUGCUCUGAGGCACCACAUGAAGCUUCACAAGGGCAUCAAAGAGUACGAGUGUAAGGAGUGUAACCGCAAGUUUGCCCAAAAAGUCAACAUGUUGAAACAUUACAAGAGACACACAGGUAUAAAGGACUACAUGUGUGAGCUGUGUGGAAAGACGUUCAGUGAGAGGACAACUCUAGAGACACACAAGCUCAUCCACACAGUGGGUAAGACAUGGACGUGUGUGACGUGUGAUAAGAAGUACCUGACAGAGUACAUGCUGCAGAAACAUGUGCACCUGACCCAUGAGAAGGUGGAGGCCCAGUCGUGUCACCUCUGUGGGACCAAAGUGUCCACCCGUGCGUCCAUGAACCGACACUUGCGACGCAAACACCCUGAGGUGGUGUCUGUGAGAAUCGAAGAAUUUGAUGAUCUUCAGGAAACUUCAACAGUCAGUGAUUCUUCUAUCAGCAUUGUGCAGCCCACCCUGACCAUGGAAAAAGAUGGCAUGUCUCAAGAGAGGCCCAGCCGACCGUCCCGGCAUCCCAGGAAGAAGCAGAGAGUUCCAGUUGAGCCGGAGCUGUCUGAGCCUGACGAGUAUGUUGACUUCACCGAGCCGAGGCACGAACCCAUGACACAGUUCAAUGCCGUCAUUGUCGGUGAUGAGACUGAGACAAGCUCUGCUGUGCAGAGCAUCCAGCAGGUGGUGGUCCUUGCUGAUUCCAGCGCUCCGUCAGCCUCCUCCUCCAGCAGCUCAGUGGGGUUGACCAACAUCACUGUCACCCCCAUCACCAGCCACGCACCUGCCCAGUUCACCAGCCUGCAACCUGUAGCUGUGGGCCACCUGACAGCCAGCGACCGGCCCCUCUCGCUGGACAAUUCUAUCCUCACUGUCACCUUCGACACCGUCAGUGGCUCUGCUAUGCUCCAUAAUCGUCCUGCUGAGCUCGUCCCGGAGACAGCGGGCCCUGGCGGGGGUGCAGCAACUCAGUCAGUCGCCCACUUCAUCAACCUCACUACUCUGGUCAACCCCAUUGGCCACCAGCUGGAGGCCCCGACUCUGGCUUGGAGGCCCGUACCGGCGGUUGAGGGCAGUCAGGUCACCCCCAUGAUGGAGGGAACUCAGGGGGAAUGUCAGGAGGCCCCGAGCCAGGGCCCAGAGCCAGGCCGACCAAGCCAGAGCCAGCCCCCCACUCCACAGCAGCAGAGCAGCUCCGCACAGCAGAUGUUCAGCUACUAAGCAGAGACUGGAGAUGUGGCUCACCUUGUACUCACAUUGUCACAGCGUAGAACAGACUUCCUGACUGAACUAUACAGUACUUUGAUCACUGUCACCCAGAUGCCUCUCCAGCCCCAUGGAAAUGAAUCAAAUUGAAAUGUUUUUUUAAUAGUGACAAAACACUGCGGAUAUUAAUAAUUAACAUACAGCUUAAGAAAGAGACAAAUGGUACAUUUAGCCAAAAUCACUGACACUCCUCUGAAAGAUUUCCAUUUAAACCAAAGCAACAUGUUGAAUCUUCAAAUGCCUUACCAGUCUUUAAGAGCAUGUGUCUUCAGCAUAAGUCAUCUGCUUGGAAGAUUACAUCUGAAAAUGUACCAACCUUAAUGCAGAAGACACACUUUGUUCAAUGAAAGCACUUUCACCAGGUUAUGUGAUGGGGGUGGCUGGCAUAUUCCUAGAGGCCCACUGAUGAAAUGUUAUUUUUGAAUGCUGUAAUUAUUGUUGAACUGUCUGGAAAACCUACUGGAACUCUUUUUCUACUGUUAUUUUUAAACAAAAUGCCUCUUUUCAAUGGGUAUUGUUUGUAUGUGUCUUCAUUAUAUAAAUCCAGGUCUAACUAACCACAAGCAGAUACAUUUCAGCAGCAGCAAAGUUCAGUGCAAAUGUCUGUCACACUUUUAUAUUUCCAGACCCAAAUGCAAACACAAAGACAGGCCCUUGAAGAGUGUCUCUUUUUUAAUGUCAGAUGAACAGAGAUGACCAUAUAAGCCUUCAUGUGGCAAC